GUCUGGCGAGCGACGCUCCGGUGUUAACGCGAACGACAAACUGCGUUCACUCCAAAUAUCCUCCACAAUAAGUGGCGGUGAUGAAGUAAACGAGUUCUUAAGGACUGAGCAGCCACCAGUUCCUCUGCACAACACACCCACCUGGAAGGGGACUGGAUCACAAAACUGACCGAGUACAUUCUGGCCCAAACACUGUGCAUUUCAUUAGAAUCUGACGGUCUUCUUUAGGAUGCAAAGGUGCACAUUCUAAUGCUGUCUCCCCUGAGGGUUGGUUGUGCACCCAUACCAGCUCAUUGCUCACCUGACAUGUCAGUGUAUCUAUCAAGCACAGGAUGUCUAAAUGUGAGCUCAUUGAGCUGAAGGACCUCAGUGUAAAUGAUCCAAUCGAGUUGGCUGCACCUGCGGCCCGCACAGCCCCACCACCUGUAAACCCGGGUCAGCCGAGCCACUUCCACGUCGUCCGUCUGGUGGGAGACAGCGUCAGCAUCGAGGCACCCCUGUGUCAGACAGGAGAGGCCGCGGUGGGUCAUGACUUCCAGCCUGACAGUCACACUCAUCUCACCUGGUGUGACCUGUGUGGAGAGUUCAUCUGGGGUCUUUAUAAGCCAAGUUUGCGCUGCACCAACUGCAGUUAUACUUGUCACUACCGCUGCCGAUCCUUCAUCCAACUGGACUGCCAAAAAGACGGGAGUUUGUUAACAGACCAGGAAGAUUUCUCUGUUGACUCCAUCGAGACGGACACAAAUGUGGAUGAGCAAAUCGAUUGGGGUAAACAGAAGCUGACUGUUAGUGAGAUUCAACACAGGGUCAAGGAGUAUAAUGCACAGACCAACAGCAAUCUCUACAUGGUGGUUAAUAAAGACGGGUCCUACACUGGUUUCAUCAAAGUCAACUUUCAGCUGGUCCGUCCCAUCUCCCUCCCUCCCUGUCAGAGCCUGAGCUCCACACAGGACGAAGAUCAGCAGGGCAGACAAAUGAGACGGCGGACGUCUUUCUACCUCCCCAGAGACACUGCCAAGCAUCUGCAUAUAAGCUCCAAAACGUGUGUGAGAGAGGUCAUCGAGGCACUGCUCAACAAGUUCACUGUGGUGGACAACCCAGCUAAGUUUGCCCUGUUUGAACGCACUGACAGACAAAAUCAAGUGUGCAUGCGUAAAUUGUCCGAUGAUGAGUGUCCCCUCUACCUGCGCUUAUGUGCUGGCCCGAGUGAAAAAGCCUUGAGUCUGGUUUUGAAAGAGAAUGAGACAGGGGAUGUAAAUUGGGAUGCAUUUAGUUUUCCUGAGUUGUGCAACUUUCUGCGAAUCCUGAAGCGCGAGGAAGAGGAGCAUGUGCGGCAGAUUGUGAAGCGCUACGCUCUAGCGAGAGACAUGAUGAAGCAGGCCAUGGCGAGGAUUACCACUCCUGGUUGACUCCGAGUGACUUGACUGAUUUUCAUGUUUAAACACGAAGAACAUUCUGCUACUCUGGAUAGUAUCGUUGACCAGCAAUGUAAAAGGGAAGGAAGUAGCUCAGUCAGUGAAAUAUUGUUUAUGAAGCAGGAACGCUGCUGUUACAUUUAAUUUAAACUACCUAAUGCGCUAGUGGAGCCACUGUUGUGAACUGAAUGGGGGAAAUAAUGGAUUAUCUUUGACUUAAUUGGAUGCAGUUCUUUCUUGAAAAACUAUGCUGCUUGAUUGGGUUAUUUAUAGCUCUAUUAAAUACACAAUUUUAGUCUUUAUGGUCUUUUAUCAUGUGAUAUUU